UUACCGCGGCGCCGCAUCGCCUCGUGGCAGUGUGUUAAUCGACAGCAAAGCUGCACCGCGAAUUUCGCCUCUUUGGAUCUUGUUUUUAUUUCUUCACGCACAAGUCCGCACUUCUGCGAGACUCGGAGGGACCGAUCGACCGUGUAGUAUAUCGGUGUUUUAAGUAGAGUAAAAAAAAGUCAAAUUGCGCUGCCAUCAUGGUAUGUUCUAUCGAUGAUAUCGCUGACGAAUUGCCGGCGGAACAAAUUGCCGUUCUGCGCAAAGCUUUUGAUAGCUUUGAUAGGGACAAAAGCGGCAGCAUUCCCACUGACAUGGUUGCAGAUAUCCUUCGGUUAAUGGGUCAACCGUUCAACAAGAAAAUCUUGGACGAGCUCAUUGAUGAAGUGGACGCCGAUAAAUCUGGACGACUUGAGUUUGAGGAAUUCGUCACGUUGGCGGCGAAGUUUAUCGUUGAGGAAGACGCAGAGGCUCUGGAGAAGGAACUUCGAGAGGCUUUCAGGCUCUAUGAUAAGGAAGGUAACGGCUACAUCCCAACGACGUGCUUGCGCGAGAUUCUGAGAGAAUUGGAUGACCAGCUGACGAACGAAGAAUUGGACAUGAUGAUCGAAGAAAUCGACUCUGAUGGCUCCGGCACAGUCGAUUUUGACGAGUUCAUGGAAAUGAUGACUGGUGAAUAAUUAUCUUGAAUGAGUGGUGAACUGCUUUUGGAUCCAAAGACACUUAUGCGCGUGUAACGUUAUGUCUUGAAAAUAAUCAUUCGCGUGUUUAUGAGGAAUCGAUGUACAACAAAUUUAUUCGCACAGAGAUAUCUUCCAUUUUAUAAUUAGUCUCAGAAGCAAAUUCCUGUCAUGAACAUGAAUUCAUCGAAUGAAUAUUUCCUGCUUUUAUACGUACAUUAUAUUUAUUAUAAAGCAGCAAGUUUUAUUUUGUUUCGUAUACUUACAUAAUACCUUAAAAUUUUUUUCAUUGAAAAAUCAGUAUAUUUAUUGUUAUUAAUAAAACAAAUUAAGUCUUA